AUGCGCAACAAAGUACCCCCAGGCUCGUCCUCUCCUCAUCCUCACGUGCAGGUGAAUAACUACGGCCGGAUUAACUCGCCCUGCGAUGAAAUCCGUGUAGCCAUGGCGAAGAACGCGAGCAAGGCGGGACGUUCUACCGCCGCCUCCAGUGCGAGCUCUGACGGGAACGACGGUGACGACGAACACGACGAAGACGCCGAGGAGAAUUGGCCGGAGAACGGCCACGACGACAGCACUUUGGGUGACGAAUUAGCUCCUGCCGACAUCGAGAAGGACGAGUGGUGGAAUUGGCCGGUCGGGAGCGAUGACGAAGUGGAAGAGUGGCGGGCUGGUGAUUUGGACAACGACGGAGGUGCCGAUGCUGAUGGUGACAACGCGGAGGCAGUGACGCAUGCACCGCACGCGACGGUGGAUGCGAAUGCGGAGGUUGACGACGAGGCGGAAGCAGAUGCCGAGGCAGUUGCGCUUGCGGAGGUGGCCGCCAUUGCGGAUGCGGAUGCUGUGGCGGAGGCGAACAAGGUUGCUGCUGAUGCUGUCUUAUUUGACGGUAAAGGCUCCGACGACGACCCGUGGAGCUUCAAGGACGGCGACGGCGUUCCGCUAAUGAAGCGGAGGCUGCGCCAUCGCCUACAAUCCAAGCCGAAGCGUGCCCGCGUGGUGCUCUCAGACGACGACAGUCCGAGGGAGGAGCGUCGCCCCAUACUCACCGCUGCAGAGAAGGGUAAAGCUAAGGUCGUGGAAGCCCCUGCUAAGGCUACUGUUCGUCGCCGCACAAGCAACAAGAAGCGGAAAACGGACGGCCAUCCUGGAUCCAGCAAGGGUGCUACUAAGAAGAAGGCGAAGAAGACACCAAAUCCGGACGACAUCGUUGUCAACGAGACUCUGGGCAGCGACAAAUAUUACGCAGAAGCGGUGGGGCCGAUUCCUUCAUUCCCUGAGAAGCCCACGCCGAAAGACCCCACCCUCAAUAAUCCCAACACCCGCCCACCUUCCCCUCGCAGCAAGGACACCACGAAGAAGCGACGCGGAUGGACUGUGCACGAGAAGCUGAAGUGGGCGCGCUGCUAUAAGGAGCUCGGCUCCUUGAAGAAGAUGAGCUUGGAAUCAACCGCAUCCAUUGCUUGCAUCAGACGGUGGAGAAUCGUGGUGCAAGCACAGGACAACGGGUGGAUGGACGAGAGCGCUGUGCAGACCUGGCUGGCUAAGGAGGUGCUGCCCCAUCUGAACCCCCAGCAUGGCCAGAACGCGAGGCGUGCGAUGCUGGUGUUGGACUCCUACCGCGGCCACAUAACCCUGACCAUGCUUCAGUCAUACCGCACGCACAGCAUCACCCCUGCAGUUAUCCCAGCGGGUUGUACGAGCCAGAUUCAACCCUUGGACGUCUCCAUCAACCGGUGCUCCAAGGCUGUCGUGCGAGCGCGCUACGCCAGGUUUUUCAUGCGUGAAGGGAUUAACCUGAAGACGAAGAAGGGGAACUUGCGGAGGCCUUCGCACCCCAUGGUGCUGCAGUGGAUCGUUGAGGCUUGGGAUCAAGUCCCCAAGCAGAUCAUCAUCGGCGCGUUCAGCCACUGUGGGAUAUCAAGCAAGCUGGACGGAACGGAGAACCACCUGGUGAUGUCUCACCUGCGCGCCAAGAGCACCACCGAUGUUACCAAGGACAUGACCCUCGGGGGGACCAUGGGCGACAACACGCGCCUGCUUGGCCAAGCUCCAGAGGAGGAGGAGGAGGAGGAGGAGGAGGAGGAGGAGGAGGAGGAGGAGGAGGAGGAGGAGGAGGAGGAGGAGGAGAAGGAGGAGGAGGAGGAGGAGGAGGAGGAGGAGAUGCAGGCGGAGGGCAUGAGGGAGGUGGCUCUGGCAACCGGCCUGGAGGUGCUGUACCAAGAGAACCCCAACUACCGCGAAGCGGCGGCUGAGGCUGACCGCAUGAUCGAGCCUAGGGAGACGGCCAGACUUGGGUGUAGAGCCUGUUGUUAG